UUAUGGGCUGUGUGAAACACAGAGGCAAAGGUGGCGAGAAGCGAGAUAGAUACCAGGCCAGCUUAAGUGCUGCGACGCUGAAGUAAACAUGGAGCUAUCCGCGGUCGGAGAGCGAGUCUUUGCGGCCGAAUCCAUAAUCAAACGGCGCAUAAGACGAGGUCGGAUGGAAUACCUCGUGAAAUGGAAAGGCUGGUCUCAAAAAUACAGCACCUGGGAACCUGAGGAAAAUAUUUUGGACGAACGUCUUUUUGCAGCCUUCGAAGAGAGAGAACGUGAACGGGAGCUUUAUGGGCCGAAAAAAAGAGGUCCAAAACCUGAGACUUUCCUGAUGAAGGCUAGAGCAAAGGCUAAAGGGAAAUCUUAUGAAUUCCGAAGAGAGAUGUCACGAGGAAUGCACGUUUCCUAUCCUAUUGCUGAACCUGUCAUAACUCCCAGAGCGCGCGAAGGUCUGCGCACUGUGGUACCUACAAUAUUUCCACCGAGUACAGUCAACAGGGGAGAAAGCGUCCGACCACAGGAGUUGGAGAGAAGACCACGACCAACAGGAUCGCCUACAAGAGUUACCGACGGCUUUGUCAGCACGCCUAAGAAAAGAGGGCCGAAACCCAAAUUAAGGUUCAAUGUCAGUGCAGGCAACUGCGCUUACCCCGAUGCCUCAAAGAGAAGGUCAGAUGAGCAGCUAGCCUACGGGACCUCUAAACUGGGAAGGUAUGGUCAUCAUGAAGGUGAAAUGUCAGACUGCAGCGUUUCUCAAGUGACUGAAAGAUAUAAGACAAACUCUCAAAAAACGAUGGGGGCUGCUACUAGCGGUUACCAUCUCAUCCAGGCAUCUGCUCUCGGCAAACCAAGACAUGAUAUUCAGGGCCACAGAACUGUUAAAGAAUGCCCAAGUGCAACGUCACAUCAGUCUAAAGGCCACAUUCCAAGCAGGCCUCGGUUAUAUGAGGAGGAGGAGGAUUUAGAGACGGAACAGUCUGGUUCAAAACAUUUAGUGCCAAGCAUUUUUGGUGAUCAGACGCCUGAUCAUUCUGCAGAUGCAUUCUGGCGUCCAUCCAUGUCAAACAUGGAGAAAGUUGUCGUCACCGAUGUUACCAGUAAUUUUUUAACAGUUACCAUUAAAGAAAGUACUACAGACAAGGGCUUUUUCAGAGAAAAGAGAUGAGUUGAUUUGUUUUUUUUUCGAGUAUGAGGCCUAUCGACCAUGUAUAGACAUUGCACCUUUUCCCGCUUGAUUUCAAAGCUGAUUUAUCAUUUAAUAACUUUCUAUCAAUUUCGCACUUGUACAGCUUACGUAGAUUGUAGUCAUGCAUAGUGUAAAUAUGUAUUUACCUCUACAUGUACAUUGACCUUUUCUAUGGAAAAUGUUAUUUUUUUAGUGAGUUAAUCUGUGUUUCACAUUAAUUGUCCGUUUAUCUCUCCCUGUGUACACCGCUACUGACAACUCCAUUCUUUCUUUAACUUGUAACAUCGAGCACUUUUAUUCAAAUUAUAUAUUAUGUAGAUUGACGAGUAAUAUUCUCAUAUUGUUAUAUUGUCUUCAGUUAAAUGGCCUUAUCAUUGUGUACCAGCGCUAUAAAAGUGUUACUGUAUUAAAGCACAAAUUGUGGGUCCAGAA